CAACUUAAACACUUUGUAAAUUUGUUUAGAAUUACCAAAUCUGAUUCAAUAUGAUGUUAUAAUCAGAGCCGACUGAGUGUCCAUCUUUGCCUUCAGGUGGGAGUAUCAUGUGUGUAUCUCGGCUGGUUUUGCUGCUCGGGCUGCUCCUAUGUAUGGGGGCUCAGCUGUCCAAUGGCCAGCACUGGUCCCACGGUUGGUACCCCGGAGGCAAGAGGGAGCUGGACUCUUUUGGCACAUCAGAGAUUUCAGAGGAGAUUAAGCUGUGUGAGGCAGGGGAAUGCAGCUACUUGAGACCCCAGAGGAGGAGUGUUCUGAGGAAUAUAUUUUUGGAUGCUUUAGCAAGAGAGCUCCAGAAGAGGAAGUGACAGCUUUCCACCUCCAGCUGCUUUUCUAUCU